AUUUGAUCAGUCAACGAGAUGAUGUGGACCGUCCUUGCGGCCUCCUCGACAGUUGGGUACGGCGCCGUCGUCGCCCUCGUUGGCACAUUGAAGAACCACUGGCCGGCCAAGCUCUCUGGGAAGGAUCUCUGUAAGAAAGGUACCCCCGCAGGCGAAAUCCCAAUUCCUGAAGCAUUGGGAAUUGUGUCGGGGUCUGUGUUCGUUGCGAUCUUGACUGUACUUAGCUUCUUCGUCGAGUUCAAUCAAGCGAGCAUGCGGUGGGGCAUUGUGUCCAUCGCCGCCAUGAUCACGUUGGGAUUUUGCGACGAUCUCUUGGACCUGAAGUGGCGACACAAGCUUCUCUUUCCACCGCUUGCCACGAUCCCUGUGUUGUUGCACUACUCGGGCGUCACCGCGGUCGUGAUGCCAUCUUUCGUUCGCGGAAUCAUCGGACAAGGAGGCGUGUUUCACCCUAUCUUGUCGAUCUUCUUCAACGUGACCGAGCAUGGCGACAUCGUCGACUUGGGUUACGUGUACUACGUCUACAUGGGGAUGAUGGCCGUGUUUUGCACGAACGCGAUCAACAUCUACGCUGGGUGCAACGGACUCGAAGCUGGCCAGUCGUUCGUGAUCGGUCUUGCCGUCGUCGUGCUCAACCUGACCCAAGUGCUCCGCGACCACGACGGUCUCCAUUACCACUUGUUUUCCCUCAUCAUCAUGCUUCCGUUUCUCCUGACGACCUUGGGGCUGCUCCAUCACAAUUGGUACCCGUCGCGGGUGUUCGUCGGGGACACGUUUUGUUAUUACGCCGGCAUGACGUUUGCAGUCGCCGGCAUCCUAGGCCACUUUUCCAAGACGCUCCUGCUCUUCUUUGCUCCGCAGAUCCUCAACUUUAUCUACUCGAUCCCGCAACUGUUCAAGUUUAUUCCGUGCCCCCGCCACCGCCUCCCCAAGUUCAACCCGAAAACAGGCAACCUCGAACCUUCAAUGAUAUCACCCGAUUCGACGCGUGCCAACCUGACCAUGCUCAAUCUGUUCCUUGUCGUCUUUGGUCCCAUGCCCGAGAAGCGCCUCGUUCAAUUGCUCCUGGCGUUCCAAGUUGUCUCGUGCGUCGCGGCAUUUGGGGUGCGCUAUGGCCUUAGCAGUAUGUUUUACGACGUCGUUCACUGAGGCUCAACACGACGCUUCCUUUCACA